GAACAAUGAGCAACCAGCCCGCCUCACAGAAACGCUCCGCGCUUGUCCUGUAUGGCUCCGAAACUGGCAAUUCGCAGGAAGUUGCCGAGGAGCUGGGUGCAUUGACCGAGCGACUACAUUUCAAGACGCAUGUUGCCGAAUUAAACCUGUACAAGCCGGAUUCACUCAAGUCGUACACGCUUGUUCUCUUCGUGGUUUCGACGACGGGCCAGGGCGAUUUCCCGGCGAAUGCGCGGGCGUUUUGGCGAUCGCUGUUGUUGAAGAGACUCCCGCACACGUUUUUGGGUGGCGUCCGGUUUGCGUCUUUUGGGCUGGGGGAUAGUUCGUAUCCUAAAUUCAAUUGGGCUGCUCGCAAGUUGCAUAAACGUCUGCUUCAAUUGGGCGCCGAGGAGAUCCAUCCUUGCGGGGAGGCGGAUCAGCAGCAUCCUGAGGGACGGCCGAUACCGGACAAUGUUCAGCUGCCCCCGAAAUGGCUGCUACAGCUACAGGGCAACGUAGCAGGGUCCUCGGGACCAGAGCAAUUUACAGACUCCACCGCAGAUAUCAAUGGGGCUUCUGAGUUGGAUCGCCUCGGUCAUGAUGUUCGGCCGCUGCCGGACACAUUGACAGCAACGCUGAAGGAGAACAAGCGCGUAACUUCCGCAAAGCAUUGGCAGGAUGUGCGCCAUCUGUCUCUCACUGUCCCGGAGGCGGUAUCCUACGUUCCGGGGGAUAUGCUGUCUAUCACACCGAAGAAUUUUGCCAAUGACGUAGACAAUCUGAUCACGAUGAUGGGAUGGGAGGCCGAUGUCGAUCGACUGGUGACUCUCGUUCCGGGACCAACUUUGGUCUCUACAGACGACGAUGAGAUGCCAUCACCACCUAUUCAGGGUCUCGAGUCCUAUCCCAAACUCACCUUACGCGCUCUCCUCACCGAUUACCUCGACAUCCAGGCCAUUCCUCGUCGGGCGUUCUUCGCCACCGUCGCUCAUUACACGGACUACGAAAUGCACAAAGAGCGUCUUCUGGAGUUCACAAACCCGGAGUUCUUGGACGAGCUGUGGGACUACACUACUCGACCGCGGCGCAGCAUUCUGGAGGUUCUGCAUGAGUUUGAUACGGUCAAGAUUCCAUGGCAGCACGCUGUCUCGGUGUUUCCGAUCAUGAGAGCAAGACAAUUCAGUAUUGCCAGCGGGGGCGCACUCAAGCACACGACCGAGGGAGGCACCAAGUUCGAGCUGCUGGUUGCUAUCGUCAAGUACCAGACGGUGAUCAAGCGCAUUCGACAGGGAGUCUGCACACGGUAUUUGGCGGUGCUCCGACCCGGAAGUACACUUAGGGUGCAGUUGCAGCGUGGCGGCCUCAACUCAUCCGUUAACCAAUUAGUAGGACCGACGGUCCUGAUCGGUCCCGGGACUGGGAUCGCGCCACUGCGGUCAAUGGUCUGGGAAAAGGCCGCGAUCGUCAAGGCGUACCAGGAAGAGCACCCUGGAGUCGAGCCGCCGAUUGGGCCGACCCUCCUCGUCUACGGAGGUCGGAACCGAGAGGCGGACUUCUUCUUUGAGGAGGAGUGGGAGCAGUUGGGCGAGCUGGUCCGCCUAAACGUUCUGACUGCAUUCUCGCGAGACCAAAAGCAGAAGAUCUACGUGCAGGAUGUGAUCCGCGAGAACUUCGGCCUCCUCUUCAAACUCUUGCACGACAUGCGUGGCUCGGUGUACAUUUGCGGGUCGUCUGGAAAUAUGCCCAAAGCGGUGCGACAAGCUCUCACCGAGGCGUUUCAGCAUGGAGCGGAGGUAGAAACGGAUCGGUUCAAUGAACAAGGUGCGGAGCAGUAUCUGCUGGGAAUGGAGAAGACGGGCCGUUACAAGCAGGAGACCCCGCUAAAUUUGUUUCCUUUCUUGAGACUGAAUCCUCUUUACAUAUCACUCAAUAUGGCUAGCAACUUGCGGAUUCUCGUCCCCAUCAAGCGGGUCAUCGACUAUGCGGUCAAACCCCGCGUGAACAAAGCCAACACCGGCGUCGAGACGGCGGGCGUCAAGCACUCGCUCAACCCAUUCGAUGAACUCUCGGUCGAGGAAGCCGUGCGGCUGCGCGAGCGGCACACCAAGAAGGAGAGCCCGAUGAAGGUGGACCAGAUCCUGGCGCUGUCGGCAGGCGGCGCCAGGUGCGCGGACCAGCUGCGCACGGCGAUGGCGAUGGGCGCGGACCGGGCCUUCCACGUCGACGUGGGCGAUAGCGCAGACGGCGGCCCCGAGCCCCUGACCGUGGCCAAGAUGCUGCAGGCGGUGGUCAAACAGGAGGACAUCAACCUGGUGCUGCUGGGCAAGCAGGCGAUCGACGGCGAUCAGGGCCAGACGGGCCAGAUGCUGGCCGGUCUGUUGGGCUGGCCGCAGGCGACGCAGGCUAGCAAGGUCGAGAUCAAGGACGAGAGCGGCACGGUCGAGGUCACGCAUGAGGUCGACGGCGGCGUUGAGACCCUGCGCGCCAAGCUGCCCAUGAUCAUCACGACGGAUCUGCGGUUGAACGUGCCCCGCUACGCCACGUUGCCGAACAUCAUGAAGGCGAAGAAGAAGCCUCUCGAGAAGAAGACGUUGGCCGAUCUUGGAGUCGAGGAUAAGAGGAGGUUGAAGACGAUUAAGGUUACUGAACCUCCCGCUCGCCAGGGUGGUGGUAAGGUUGAGGAUGUGGAUGGUUUGAUCGGCAAGUUGAAGGAGUUGGGUGCUCUGUGAGGGUUGUUGUAGAAGGAGCAUUCGCGCGUGUUCGUUUGUGUUUGUGUAUGUUCAUUAUGACUGAUUACCAGCCUACCUAGACUUAGUUGGGUAUUUUCCUAUUCCAUUUCCCUGAGGGAAUCCAUACUUCUG